AUGAGCCUCAUUCAAGACAAACUUGGCAACGAGUUCCUGCGCUCCAACAGCAGCAUGGACUCCAACUACGGCGCCGGGAUGAUCAUGUUCAGCCACCUACCUCCGGUCACCAGCUUCACGCGACUCGCUGCGCAGACUGUGAUGCAAGACUUGCCACCUCCAGAGAUGAUCCUGAAGAAAGAGCGAGACUCUCCAGACUGCAGCAUGGGCCUUCAGAACAACAUGAACUGCUCGGGAGUGGCCGACUACGUCCACUCCAUGGGCAUCAAGCAGGAGAAGAUGUCUGAGCACGAUUACCGGCUGCCUCUGUAUCCUGGAGCCCUGGGGAAGAGUGCAGAGCUGCUGGAGGUGACGGUGGGCAGCAGCCAGAACCUCAUGGUGCACGACCUCAACAUGGGCCACCUGCCGAGUCAGUUAGGAAAAGAGCCCAGUGGGAAGAAAGGCCGGAGGUCAAAUGGUGAUGGACAGGAGGGUAAACCAAGAAAGAAGCGCAGUGAAAAGCAAUCAAUGAUGCUGGAUGCAGAUGGAGGCAGCCUUUCACCAGGAACCAAGCCUCACAUCUGCGAGCACUGCAAUGCAGCCUUCAGGAGCUCCUACCACCUACGCAGACAUGUGCUGAUUCACACAGGUGAAAGGCCGUUCCGGUGCAAUCAGUGCAACAUGAGUUUCAUACAGAAGUACCUGCUCCAGCGUCAUGAAAAAAUACACAGUGGAGAAAAGCCAUUCAGUUGUGACCAGUGCAACAUGCGCUUCAUUCAGAAGUACCACAUGGAACGCCACAAGCGGACGCACAGCGGCGAGAAGCCGUACAGAUGUGAGACCUGUCAACAGUAUUUCUCCAGGACUGACCGCCUGCUGAAGCACAAACGCACCUGUGGAGACGCUGUGAAGAAAGGGUUGGACCCCGGGAUGAUGGACAUGGACUGUGUGGACAUGGGACAUGGCAGCUAUGGGAUCUCUCAGGGAAACGGCAGCAGCACAGGGCGCAAAAGAAGGUCCAAAAAUAACCCUGACGGAGGGGAACGCAGGAAGAAGAAAGGGGAUACUGGGCAGAGGGUCCCUCACUCUCAGAGCGCAGUCUCUGGGGGCUACAGUAUCCACGACUACGCUGUAGAGAACCAGACUGUGUCCUCCACCACAGAGCCUGGGCCCAGCAUGCAGCACCAGGGCCGUGCCCCCAAAAUGGCCUUUAAGAAAGCCCACCGCAACAAGUCUGCGCAGGUGAAGCACGUAGCGAUGGAGCAGGGAGGAGCCAUGGACGGCCUGAUGCAGGAGAACUGCCCCAAAGCCACCAGUAGCCACCACUAUGACGACGCCAUGCAGUUCAUCAAGAAGAAGCGCUAUCUCCACGCAGCAAAUAGUGCUAACUCCACAGCGCCAGUGGUGUCCGCAGCCACCAGCAGUGAGUAUGACGUGGGACACCUGUCCAGUCAGGCCGCCAUGACAACAGUGAUGGACCCUGACCCCCACCUAAUCUUGGACAAGACAGGCAUCCCAGACGAGGUGCUGCAGAGCCUGCUGGAGCACUACAGCCAGAAGGCGGACGGCUCAAACCACGAGGUGUAUGACCUGAGCGACGCACAAGUGGAGCUGGCGGCGGCGGCGGCGGCGGCGGGGCUGGUUCACCUGGACACCUCUAGUCCCUCUGUGGAGAAGAACAACAUGAUGAACGAGUACUCGCGCUUCCUGCUGCAGGCUCUGGAGCGCACCAGCAACAACGGCAGUUUCCCUGUGGGCCCCUCCCCUCCCUCCUCCGGCCCCUACACCAGUUCACACCCAGGGACGCCGCUUUACUCUGACAAGAGCAUCUACGCCAGCUCGCCGCUGGACUGUGGCUAUGGUCAGUCUGUGGCCUCUCCGUCAAUGGCCUCCGCGGUGCCAAAGUCUCACUUCACUUUGCUCACAGGCUCGUCUCCUCAGCACAGCUUCCACCUGAGCGGCCUGGAGCCCUCUCACCAGCAGCUCACUCCGUCACAGGAGCUGACGGAGCAGUUGGACAAAGCCCACUCGUCCACUCCCCCCUCGUCGUACAUGGGCCCCUCAGACCUGAGCGUGAACAAGGAGCAGGUGAAGAACGGCUCUGCGGUUUAUCCCCUGGUUCCCUCGCAGGAGCUCACGCCUCUGGACUCUGCCAAACCUUUGUACCAGAUCGAGAACUUUGCUCAGGCCUUCGGCUCCCAGUUCAAGCCCGAGAGCCUGAGCUAUGGCGCGGAUUCGGGCGAGGUGGAUCACCGAACGUCUGAAUUCUCAGGCGCGCAGCGUGGAGCUCCGUCUGCGGCUAAACCAGCUCCGUUACCCGGGCUGCUCCUCCUGAAGAGCCGCUGUCCACCUCCAGUCAUGGGCUCCUCACUUCUGCCUGACCUCCUCCUGCUCCUCCUGCUCCUCCUGCUCCUGGGAACUACGGCUGGCGGAAUAUCCACAGCCCAGAAUGCAGUCACAACCAAUGGGAGCUCUUCCAGUGACCCUACUAUCACCACGUUUGUGUCUUUACCCGCGUCCAGUGCUCCUUUGAGGGGAGACACCACCAUUCUCUCUACCAGCAAGAGGCCAGUGCCAACGGGGCCAACAUCUGCCCAUCCAGAGGCAACUUCUAACAGCAAUAACACUAGCCCUAUGCACACACCGAGUCCAGGGACAAGGCCUACCACCUCCGACAGCGACAAUUCCACCACGCUUGUCACGCCAGGUCAAGCUCACAGCACCACACAGCUGAAAACCACCUCCAAUGACAAAACAGGCUUCACCACAAACGGACGAUCGACUUUGACAGAGCAUACGUUGACUAGUAGCGCUUCCGUUUCGCCCAGUGCGAGCCGCGGCAGCACAACGGCAAAAGUGGAUCCAACCACGGCAAACAAUGCUAGCCAGGACACUCAGCUAACGAUGGUUACAAAGCCAGACAAUUCUACGACUGCUGAGACUACGGAAGCAAGAAAUUUCACGAAGUACUUUCAUCGCAAGCCACUCCACAACUCUUUCGACAAACAUCACUACGACCUCAAACUUUGGCAAUCACUCCACUUUGAUCACAAGUCCUUCGAGUACACAAACCUCUUCAAAUACUACUACAGCCUCCAACGGUACUCACAGUACUGUUGCACCAAGUACUCCCAUGGGAAAUCACUCCACAACUCCUCUCACGACAAUCGGAUCGCAAAGCACAAGCCACGUCAACGGCACGGGACACACCACGUUGCAUUUCUCUACCCCAAAGACGAACCUAACAACCUCUUCACAUCCCUGGGCAAUAGCACCGGAAACCCCACCGGAAAUACCAGCAGCCCUAGUCCCUCAGCAACGACCUCAGGAGUGACGAUCGUUUCAACAGUUAUUACCGUUUCCUCGGCAACCUCUGUGACUAAUGAUACAGCCACUCAGGCACCCACAGGGGGCAGCACUGGCACUACUAUUACUACCACUACUUCUGCAGCCAUAGUUUGUCCAGAGAAGCCGUGUCCAGCGGGAAGUGUUUGUCUGAACGGAGCUUGUGCCUGUGUCGCUGGAAGUUACUUUAACAACGGUCAAUGUGUAAAAGCCCAAGUGUUUCCAGGCCAGCUGCGUGUCACCUCUCUGACCUUUUCCACCGAAAUGAGCAACAGGUCGUCACCCAUUUUCCAAAAGACUGCAAAGGAUAUAUCGACACAACUUUUCCAAAUCCUCAAAGACCAGAAGGGUUACGUCAGGUCCGACAUAAUAAUGCUAACACAAGGAAGUGUUGUAGCAACUGUGGACAAUAUCUAUGAAGACACAAAGGUCUCCGAGAGCGACGUCAACAACGCCAUCGAUGAGGCCAUAAUGUCAGCCUCUUCUGGGAUUCUGUCUGGAGCGUCUUACAAAGCGGCAGACUUGUGUCAGCCCGGAGCCCUCUCUCCCUGUGAUGUCGUCACCACGUCCUGCACCUCGGUGGACGGUCAGCCCACCUGCUCCUGUCUGUCCGGCUACGUUCCAUUCAACCAGCUCUACUCCAACACCAGCUGCAAAGCUUGUCCCAGUGGUCAGAAGGCAGUCGGAAAUACAUGUCACCCAUGUUCAUUUGGCUACGCUGGCUUCAACUGUAAUGAUCCGGCGCUCCUGGCAGUGGUGGUGGUCUCCUUUGUGUUGGGGGGCAUUCUGCUCAUACUGGUCCUGGCUCUCAUUGGCUACUGCUGCUGUAAAAGCAGUUCUUCAAAGAGCUCGUCUGAAUUCAACAGUCCGUAUUCGGUGAACUCGGAGCAGCCCUGGCCCAGUGAAGUCCCCCACAUCCCGCGAGCCUCCACCAACUGGGACUCCGGACCCUCCAUGGAGCUGACGGAGGGGGCCAGCACACGCGCCCUGGUGGACAAGAAGAACCACAACGGCCUGCGAUUCCCCAAAAGAUGGAGAAAGACCGGCUCCUAUGAUCUUCAACCGGACGACUUGAAGACUUUUAAAGGCAAAAAUACAUCGCGUUACUCUUACCUGGUCCAAGGACAUGAGAAUCCGUAUUUUCUCCCGGGAGAUGAGGUCCCACCCCUGUCUCACCCAGAGCCCGUGGGACCUGGCGUUCAAACGAGGAGCUUCUCUCUUUUCCCCUCUCGCGCUCUCGUUCAACCUCUUUCUCAUGCUAAUCACGGGACGGUCCCAUCUGCCGCGGGACGCCUCUUCUCUGCCUUUGUGUUCAGAGCUGCAACAGAAACAACGCUAAAGAUCCGAGGCUCCAAACAAAAGCAGAGGGGAGGGGCCAGCGCGGGGGGAGAGGAUGGUGAUGAAGAGGCGUCUCCACAGCCGCGCGGAGAGGAGCCAGCGCCAGGCACCUGCGUCAACACACGGGAGCAGGACGCAGGACGCACCGGAGUGACAAGGUUUGUCCUCUGA